AUGAAAUUGCCCAAUUACAUGCGUCAUGAUCGAAAUAACACAGCACGUGGAGGUCGUAUAAAUUGCAAGAAGAGAGCAGACACUACGUUGUAUUUCACAAGGACAGUGAAAAUGUUUCCCGAACCUUUUCAUUCGAGUAGCGAAUGGGUUCAUGCAAACGACGUGCUUUCUUGGAAAUUUCCGUCGCACAUCUCACCUUACACCUUAAUUGGUCGUUCCAGAGCAGCAGAUGCAACAAGUUUUUUCAUACCUGAAUUAGAUCUCUUGCUCGAUUGCGGUUGUCUAGUUACAUCGAAUCGACCGAGCGAUAUAUUCAUUACUCAUACGCAUUCGGAUCACUGUCUUGAUGUGACACGGUUUGUAAGCCGAAGUCGUCCGCCCCGAAUUCAUCUUCCGGUGUCUGGUGUGCCAAUGAUGAAAGAUUUCCUUGAGAAAUGUCAAAUUCUUCGCAGUGCUGGACAAAUUGAAUCGGAUCCAAGUGAAUGGACGAAAAACUAUGAACUAAUUGGUGUUCAACCCGGAGAAUUCUUUCCAUUUCAAAAAACAAUGCAAGUUCGUGUAUUUGAUAUGGACCACUCGGUUCCUUGUUGUGGCUACGGAUUUUACAGGAAACAACAGAAACUAAAAGCAGAGUAUCAACACUUGACAAGUAAAGAAAUCGGUAAUUUACGACGUGAGAAUAAAGAUCUUUCCGUGUCCGACGAAAAGUUCUUUCCUUUGUUUGCCUUUCUCUGCGACACAACAGCAUCUAUUUUCGAGACAUAUUCUUCGGAAUUGUUCGAAUUUCGUCUGAUUAUCGUUGAAUGUUCAUUUAUUGAUCGUGAGCAACAUUCACAACGAGCAUGUGAUGUCAAACAUAUUAUUUGGGAUGAUAUUCAGCCGUAUGUUCUCAGAUAUCCAAAUAUAACCUUCGUCUUGAUACAUUUUUCGCAACAAUACAAACGUGACGAUAUCAGAAACUUUUUCUUAAAUCUAAAUUUGCCAAAUGUUGUACCGUUCAUUUAA